GGUGCACCAGGUCAACCACAGCAACAACAGCAAGGUGGAAUGGGUCAAUUAAUUUCAACCAUUAUUAGAUUCCUCUUAAUGUAUUACCUUGCAACUUUUGCAAUUAACAAAUUUUUUGGUACUCAAACAAGUACACCAGCUACUACAGACCCAACAGGCAUAGCAAACAAUAGCAAUAGCAAUACAACAAUAAAUAAUAAUAUUAGAUUAACAAACUCAUGGUCCGAAGGUUCAGAGUUUGAUUUAAAAGUAUAUUUUUCAGCAUCAGAAAACUAUAUUGGAGAAUGGUUAGUUUUGAAUGAAAAGGGCUUAACAUAUGAUUGGAGCGAACAUAACAAUAUCUAUAAAAAUUAUACAUUCGAUACACCAGAAUAUUUAAAAAACAAUGGUUCAUUAUACGCUCAUAUUAUUGCCACCAAACGUGCAUUUUUAAAUCAACCAAAAUCAUCAUUACAUAAAGUCCAUCAAUUAAAUACAUUCCUUGCAAGAGGUGAACCAAAAGGUAAACUUUUACUUUUUGAUGCAGAAGAGGAAGAGGAACAAGUUAAGCUUGAUCCAAAGGAAUAUAUCUCAUAUUUCAAGCCAACAUUAGCAUUGCAUCUAAUUGUCGAUUCAACUGUUUAUCCACCAGAAUCAAUUCCAAAAGAAAUUGUUCAAGGCUUUAAUAUUACAGGAAACAAAUAUUCACCAAUUAUUUAUUGUAACGAAUUUUGGUUAUUCAAAGAUUAUUUAAUUCCAGUUAACGAAACUGUUGAUAAAUUGUCAAUUGAAAUUAGUUAUUCAUCAAUGGGUCUUUUUAAAUGGCAAUUCCAAACUCAAAUUGAAAAAUCAUUUGAAAUGCAAGAGCAAUCAUUUGGUGCAGGCGCUGGCGCUGGUGAUGAUAUUAAAAGAAUGUUCCUUGAAAAUGAACCAUGGGUUUUGGUUUUAACAUUAAUAGUUUCAGUAUUACAUACAGUUUUCGAAUUUUUAGCUUUUAAAAAUGAUAUUCAAUUUUGGAAAAAUAAUAAAUCAAUGGAAGGUUUAUCAGUUCAAACUAUUACAUUAAAUUGUAUUUCAAGCACAAUUAUAUUUUUAUAUUUACUUGACCAUGAAACCAGUUAUAUGGUUCUUGGUGGUAUGGGUUUUGGAACCAUUUUAGAGUUUUGGAAAUUAACAAAAGCAGUACACAUUAACGUAGUUUGGAUGGAUAGCUUACCAUUACCAAAGAGACUUAAAUUCACCAACAAAGACGAUUAUGUUUCAAAAACCAAAGUAUACGAUGAUAUGGCUAUGAAAUACUUAUCAUGGGUCUUAAUGCCAUUGGUCAUUGGUACCUCAGUUUACUCACUCUACAACUACGAACAAAAGAGUUGGUAUUCAUGGGUUGUUUCAAGUUUAGUACGUACCAUUUAUACAUUCGAAUUUAUCAAGAUUACUCCACAACUCUUUAUCAAUUACAAAUUAAAAUCUGUUAGUCGUCUUCCAUGGAGAGUUUUCAUGUACCGUACUUUAAAUACUUUUAUCGAUGAUCUAUUUGCAUUCAUCAUUAAAAUGCCUUUAUUACAUCGUCUCUCUUGCCUUAAAGAUGAUGUCGUUUUCAUCAUCUAUCUCUAUCAAAGAUGGAUUUACCCAGUCGAUGUAAAUAGAGCCGAUUAUGGUUACGAAUCAGAUAAUGAUCCAGCAAUUUUGGCUUUAAAGAAAAAUCAAGAAACAGCCACAAAACAAAUUAAAGAGAAAAAUGAACAAGAAACUGAAAAUAAACAAAAGGAAGAGGACAAAGAAGAGGACAAAGAAGAGGAUAAAGAAGAAGAAGAAGAAAGCAAUACAAGCUCUAAUAAAGUUACAAAAAGAAAAACCAAAAAAAUUUAAUAAAUAAAAUAAUUAUAACAUUUAAUAC